AUGAAAAGGCAGUUUCUACCGAAAUUGCUUAUUUUAGCAUGUCUUCUUUUUACUGCUGUACAGACGGAAGCGGGUUGUUUCCCUAAAUGCAAACGCAAGCCAAAAUCUAGCCCGAUUUUAGUUGCAGUGCCAAACAAGACUUCGACAGAGGAGAGGCAAGCAGAACGAGAUGAAGAAGAAGAAGCAGGAGGAGGAGGAGGAGGCGGAGGACAGAAUGAAGCAGUUGUGGAAGUCAUAGCUCCUCCAGUAGUCCAAAUGACCGAGCAGAGCGUUGAGGCACCAACUGCAGGAGCGCAAAAUGAACGACAGGAAAGCGAUGCAAUUCAAUUACUUGCUCGAGUUCUCAACGAUAUUACUGAAAGACCUCGACCACAAAGGCGAGAUUAUUAUGCUUAUCCAGCCCUUAUGGAUAUGUCAACGCCGUCCAUUAUUGAACAGGUAUUCAGGGCCUACAUAUUGGCCGAGAUUCACCGAAUUGAGAGCAAGAUGAAGCCCAAGUGA